UGGCGCACUCCGCCCUCUCCACUAGCGACUCCCGCGCCGACAGGAACUAACUACCCACAUAAUAACGCCCAGCGCCUUUCUCUGCCCCGUCACUCUCCAUGCUCCAUGCGCAUCUUCCGGUUCUCUCAUGUUGAACGCUAAAAUGCCCCAGGAUUCGUGCUCACACCAAGAUGGCCCGCUCAUCAGCAGUGUCGAGAAGGCGACGACAGCCUCGGCAUCGGAUGGACCCCACGCACCCCGCACAUUACCCGAGAUAUGCCUCACGCUGCGGCGCAAGGUGAUUGCCUUCUUGGAGGAGAAAACAGACGACGAGGUGCUCCGGAAUACACAGGGCCAGGCUCGCGUGUCAAUGGGGGUCAUCGAGGAGGCGCUACGCCGGUAUAGGCCCGACGAACUGUCCCUGUCGUAUAAUGGUGGGAAGGACUGCCUUGUCUUGCUGGUCUUGAUGCUGGCCUGUUUGGCGGCGCCGACUUCUACAUCUACCUCCGGGCCCGACGCCGCCGAUGCCGCCGAUGCCGUCAAUCUCCCGGAGCCGGCGCCUAAGCCUCAGCCGCCCCGACCCCUCCAGGCAAUCUACAUCGCGCCACCCGACCCAUUCCCCGAGGUCGAGGACUUCGUCGCAACCUCAACAAUACAAUACCACCUCGACCUGACCCGGUAUGCCUUGCCCAUGCGCCCUGCGCUCGAGGCAUACCUGGGUGACAGGACAGCCGUCAAGGCCAUAUUCAUGGGAACGAGGCGGACGGAUCCCCACUGCGAGUGCCUGACGCACUUCAGUCCCACAGACGCGGACUGGCCACAGUUUAUGCGCGUGAAUCCGAUGAUUGAUUGGCACUAUGCCGAGAUAUGGGCCUUCAUCCGGCACCUUGGCAUUUCCUAUUGCAGCCUAUACCAACAGGGCUUUUCGUCGCUCGGCGGCAUGAAGAACACGCGCCCGAAUCCGGUGCUGGCACUUGACGCCGAUGCGAAGACGUUCCGGCCGGCAUACGAGCUGAUGCGUGACGAUCAGGAGCGCUUGGGUCGGGAUCGAUAGGAUACCUCGAAUAUGCCUGUUAGAGGUUACAGACUCCAUUAUCUAAGGAUAGGGGGCUCAGGGGUUGGCCCGAGGGCUUGACCGAGAGGAAGACCAACGCUAAGGUUUUGAACAAGACCUGUUUCAUAAAGCAUGCUACCUCAUAGAGCAUAGAGCAUAGAGCAUCAUGGCGUUAUGAACGAUCGGGGUAGAGCACCCAUUCCAUUGACGAGGCACCCAUCUCGCGAUUCUGAUGUGUGGUUCUACGUGCCGGGGUUAU